AUGUACACACAGACACAUGUACUUACAUACACAAACACACACAUGUACAUGCACACAGACACAUGUACACACACAAGUACAUGUACAUACACACAGACACAUGUACAAUUGUACACAUGUACACGUACACACACCCCAUGAUCACCCCAUAAAAUGUUGCAGUACUUCGUUGUUCACUCACAGAUCCGGGUACUGCACUCUAGGGGGAGGCAGAAAGCACAGCACACACUCCUUGCUUUGCUUUCACUGCCCUCAGGUAUUGAGCAGUCUGACGGCUCCCAGUGCCAAUGACAGAUCUGGCCUGAGCUCCGAGCCUACUCAGCAAGACGGCCCUGGGGGACACACUCGCCCCCACCACAACUUCCACUCACCAUUGGCGAACAGGCGAGUGGAAAUUUCAAGCCCUGUGCUAGGC